AUGCUCCGCUUCCUACUCUACAUGACUGCGGUCGUCCAUUUUACCACCUGUGCUGAUCUGCCAGCGUGCCAAGGAGACAACAAGUGCUUCGUGUGCACUGUGACGGGCCCCACUGUCAUUGAUAUCAACGGCCAAGUUAACUCUGUCCAGGACCGUUGUGCGUACACUCUGAUGAAGACAACAUCAAUCCCUGGUUUAAAAGUACACGUGACCUUCCAGGAACGACGCCGUAAAGAUGUUAGCUUUUUGGACAGUGUGAUCCUGCAACUGGAGGAUGCAGGUGUCAAUAUUAAGCUGGAACAAGGCGGGAGGGUUAUGCUGGGCGAUAAGGAGAAGACGCUCACCACCACGGCUCAGACGGUUCACGGUGUUGCACUCUCCAAAGACGCAGCUGGAGUGACGGCCAAGAUGUCCAAGGGGAACUACAUGAUGACCGUCUUCUUUGAUGGUUCCACUGCACAGAUACACAUUAAAGCACCAAAAGCAAGUCCUCCCACUGUGGAGGGUUUGUGCGGAAACUCCAAAAAGUUCAGUGAAGAGAAGGCGUCUGACUACAGUCCCAAAGACUGUGAGACGAAACACACGGACACCUCUAAUAGUGGGAUCGACUGCACCAAAAUGACUCAACGCUGUAAUAUCCUGAAGGAUGCGCCCUUCUCCCAGUGCAAGAGUUACGCAGACCCACAGCCGUACAUAACUGCCUGCAGCAGCACUUUAUGCAAAUAUCCUGCAGUGGACGGCUUCAAGUGUCAGUUUCUGGAGGCCUACGCCAGAGUCUGCAGCCUGUACAACGACGAUAUACUGAAAGGCUGGAGAGCAAAAGUUGAAUGCUCUACUAACUUUCAGGCCCUCUGUCUGGAUCGGUUCUGCAGUACUAAUGAGUUCUGCGGUGACAGCCUGACAGGUGGAACCCGUUGCCAUUGCCGGGCCAUAUUUGCCUCCACAUACGAAAACACUUUAGGUAAGACAAAAAAGUGUGAUGGGAGCUCUGUGUCGGUUUCUCUGGUUGGUUGUCUCCUUGAGGACAAAGGCAUCAAAUACUCUGACUUACACCUCUUUGACAGCACCUGCAAAGGUGAGAUGAACAGCAAGACCCACAUGGUGACCAUGAACUUUGACACCAAAACCAAACCCUGUGGGACGAUGGUCAGGCUUGACGCAGAUGGCAACAUGAUCGACAGGAAUGGCGUCAUCGUGGAGACCACCAGAGAGGAAGUGAUGGACCUUACUUGCCCCUUUGUUAUACCAAAUAUAGACAUCGAUUUCUCAUUAGACAUCAAAAUCACGAGUGGCAGCAGCGCGGGCGGUGAGGUCAAGUAUACAAUUGACUCUGGACCUUGGAAGUACACUCUGACCAUGAAGGCCUAUACGGAUGCUGCCCGUACACAGUCUGUGACCUCGGACACCAUACUCAAACUGAACCAGAAGAUCUGGUUUGCAAUGGUGGCAGAUGGGUUGGAUAGUAAAUUGGUUGCGUUGGUAACGCAGUCCUGCUACGCAACCAACGUACCAGAAGCCAGCGGCACUCUGAGAUAUGAACUCAUCACGAAUGGCUGUUCAAACAAAGCUGACAAAACUGUGCAAGUGGAGAAUAAUGGAGAGGGAACAUCCAAUUACUUCUCCUUUAACAUAUUCCGGUUCUCUGGGAAAAGCAAAGAGGUCUACCUGCACUGCCAGAUGAACCUGUGUGUCAAAGAGGGCAAUACCUGCGCUCCGAACUGCAGUUCAGGUUCUAGGAGACGCAGAUCUUCCAUGCAUAAAUAUGUGGAUGAAAAACCAGCCGUCCUCCUCAUGAGCUGGACUUCUUAG